CUUGGACAUUGUGACAUUUGUUUAAAAAGAGUUUCGGGAUUUUGAAUACGUGUCAAGAAGAAAAUGUUGCGCAGAGUACACCCGAGAAGAUGCCAACUGAUGAUCGGUGUGGCUCGGCGGUGGCACCAGACAAGUUUAACAACUGAGCUAAUUGAGAACAUGGACAAAAAGGCCACGUGGGACAGGUUUUACUUGGAAACCAACGGCCAGCAGAAUACAAACAAGUUCAAGAAUUUUGAGUGGUUCUUUGGAUUUGACUCAGUUCAAGACAUCAUCCUCCCUCUCCUAAAGCAUCCCACAGAUUCAAACACCCCAGUCCAUGUGCUGGACAUGGGUUGUGGAACCUCAGCCUUGGGUCCUGGCAUUUACAGACAUUCACCAAGGCCAGUUGCGGUCACCUGUGUAGAUAUAUCUCCAGUUGCCGUGGAGCUCAUGCAGGAACAUACAAAGAGAACACUAGUUAAGCCUAAAAGUCCAUUAUCCAGCUUAGCUUUUCUAGAACUGGACUGCGCUCGGCUCAAGGAACACUUCAAACCACAAAGUUUGGACUUGAUUGUGGACAAAGGCACCACGGAUGCUCUGCUGAGAUCCCGGGAUGGACGCUUGAAGGCCGAGCAGAUUCUAAGACAGUGCCUGGGUGUUCUACGAAGCACUGGAAGCCUCAUCCAGUUUUCAGAUGAAGACCCAGAUGCCAGGGUGUUGUGGCUGGAGAAAGAGACACUCAGCACCGGGGCUGCUAAUAUUGGGUUCCAAGAGGUUGGCGUUCUUCGAGGAGUCUGUUAUUACUGUUAUCAGAUAACUCCUCAUAACGCAACUCAGUAACUAGAGUAAGGUACUGUAAGCUGAAGUAGGACCAUGUGUGGUGUUUCAUAGACCAUGUCUUGACUGUCUUGAAAGUUACUUGCCAACUGUAUCCCAGUGCUAAGUGUCAUCCCAACAACUCCACAAUGCUUUAUUAAAUUAUUAAAGGGAAAAAAGCUAAAA